CACAGAUAUUUAGGUUUUUUAAAUCAAAAUAGUUUCCCAUCUGGUUUGAGUUUGGCGCGUUUUGAUUUUAGAGCUAGAUUUUUUGUUUUUGUCUGAAAAUUGUUUUUAAUUAAUCAUGGAAAAUUAUUUACAUUGUGAUCCACAAAUUAAUCCAAAAUUUUGUUCCAUGUUUCGUCUGAUGGAACAAUGUUCAUCAAAAUCAUUGGAAACAUUUAUCGAACAAUUGUUGAACACAUUUCAUUAUGUUCGUUCUGAAUAUUUUCGACGAUUAGUGGUACAACAAAAUGAUCAAGAAUAUUGUGAUUCUUUGAAAAAACAAAAACGAACCCAUGUGUUUUUUAAAUUUAUACGAAUUCCUUACAUUGAACAAGUGAAUAAUGAUCGACAUUUACAACCAAUUUUUCUUUUUAUUAAAAAAAAUUUCAAUCUAAUACGUGCUGCCACUUUAGAGGAUUGUAAUAUUGAAUUCAAUGUCAAUGUCGAUUUUGUUCAACAAUAUUGUCAUCCAAUUUUGGAAUCUCUACAUUUUCUUAAACGAUUUUUUAUGAUGAUCAUCCAUGAUGAAAUGCAAGAUUCGAAUGUUAAUCCUGAAAGUACUAAAUGUGUUUUCAUACUGAAAGAAAUGCGACAACUGUUAUUGUUUGUCGGUCGACUAUCACAAUUUGAAACAAAAUUUCAAGAAUUUAGUUUUCAUCGUAAGUCCGAUUCUGAUAGCUGUUUUUAUCAUCAUUUUCAUCUUACAUUACAGAUAUGGUCAACAUAUUUAGAAAUGUUAUUUGUUUUGAAAUGUAAAUCGACCAAAUUUCAUCAUCGAAUCUUUUCUGAAUGUAAUCUAUUAUUAAUGAAUGAUACGGCCAAUAAUGAUUUGUUUUUACAAUGUUCACGUCUAUUUCUAUACGAUAUCUUAUGUUUUAGUAUUGAAAGAUUUAAUCAAAACAUUCAAGAUGAUGAAGAUUUUUCUUGUUAUAUACAACCAAAUUCAACAUUUACUCCUUUUAUAUGUACAUGUUUUCAACAAGUGUUUUUAAUGUUAAAGUUUAUGAUGAAUUCUAGUGAUAAUGAUAAUCAAUUCCAAUCAAUAUUGUUCGAUAUUAUGGCUUAUUUUGAUUCGAAAAAUAUGGAUAAAAUGACAAUGACGGCUCGUGAAGAAGUACAAAUCGAACAUUUUAAAUCGAUUACAAUUGAGAAAUAUUUCGUAAAAGAAUUUGAUCAAUAUAGUAUUUGGCUUUGGUCGAAUCUUGUUCCAUUAUUAACCAUUGAUCUGAAUGAAUAUCAAGCAGUUACAUAUAAUCACAAUAACAUUCGAAAUGAGAUACCAACUAAUAUUGUGAAAAUUUAUCGAACAAUUUUACGUGAAAUUGAUUGCCGAUAUCCAUCGAUUAAAACGUCCAACCUAAUAGGCAAGUGUCGUUUGAUUCCGACUUUAAUUGUUUGUGCUAUACGAUACAGUCGUUUCAUUUCGGAUCCAUCAAUCGAUUUGGUCAUUUUAUUUAUGGAUUUCUUUCUAAAAAGAUUCAACUAUAAAUUCUCUCUACAAUCCAAUGUAAAUCUUUUGGAUAAUGAAAUGAUUAUGACCAUCAAAGAUGGUCAACAAUGGACCGAUAAAAUUCACGAAAUAAUCGAAUUACAUGAUGAUAUUUAUCAAAAUAAUGAUAGUUAUAAAAUAUUUCUAUUCUAUUUUCAUCAACAGAUGAAAAAAAUUCAACAAAUGAAUUCAGAAACGAAUCGUAUGAAAAAUCAAUUACAACAAAUCGAACGAACAAUGAUGAUGAGUUAUCAGAAAAUUGUUAGCAAAAUAGUCGUCACAUUGCAACCGAAUUUUCUACGAUCCAUUCAAUCAAAUGGAUUCUAUCGAAUUGGACAAUUAUAUUUAACAUUAAUCGAUGCUCUACCAACGGAACGAUGGCACGAACAUAGUGAUCGAUUGUUGAAUCCAAUCAAAGAACUACUGAAAGAAAAACGAACAUUAGAUUUUCAAGAAAUUUUACUAAAAUUUUUUUUCGCCAUAUUUCACAUGAAACCAAUUGUUGGUGAAGAAAAUCGAAAAAUUGCAAUAAUUUUGAAUCGAUUUAUUAACAGUAUUCUAUUGGAAAAUAUGACAUUAAUCAAUCCAAGAAAACAUUUUAUUCAAAUUAUUAAUAAUUAUUUCAAUGAAUUAACCAUAAUGUUAACGAAAUCAUCUGACCAAUUAUUAUAUUUUUAUGAUGAUCUAGUGACAAAAAUUGAAUUAAUACAAAUGUAUAAACGUUUUUUAUCAUACGAAACACAUCAAUCAGAUCGUUUAAUUGUAAUGGAAUUUUUCAAAAAAUUACUUAAUGUUUUUUAUGAAAAAAUUAUUGUUUACUAUAAACAAACUGAACAUCCAUCGCCAUCAACAUCAUCAUCAUCUGAUCAUAAUAUCAUCAUAAACAUUGAUAAUCAUUAUCAUUCAUCAUUAUUUGAUAAUAUAAUGCAAUCAUUAAUAGAAUCAAUGAUUGAAAUGAUUAAAUUGGAAAUGAUUAUUGCCAGCCAAAAUCAUGAAAAUGAACCGGAUGAAAUUGUUGCCUGUAUUGCUUGGAAAAUUACUAUAAUAAACAUAAUAAUAAUCAGACAGCAACAACAACAAAUUGGAUGUAAAAAUUUAAACAUUAUCGAUUUAUUAUUAUCAUUUCAAGGUCAAGAUUCACAUCAUCAUCAUCAUAACAACAAUGUCGAUGUAUUUCAUUUGCAUUAUCUUCAUCUUUUGUUCAAUGAUAAUUUUAUGGUAGAGAUAUUAAAAUCAAUCAAUAGUGAUAAUGAUUUAGCACAAAAAUUUGUGGCCACAUGGUCCAAACUUUUGAUCACUAUCGAUGAUGAUGAUGAUGUUAAUAAUGAUUGUGAAGCGGAUACAGAAAAAUAUGAAAAAUUACUAGUCAUUUCUCGUCAUAUUUUUCGUUGGUAUAUUUCACGAUCUGAAUCUGAUUCUAUUGUUAUGCUAGAUAUACGAAUAAUUUACGAAAAAUUUCUAACCAUUCUAUGUGAUCGUUUUGACUCGACACCAAAUUUGGAACGAAUCAUACAUAUGAAUCGUGUGGAUCGUUAUUUUAGACCAAUGAUUAUAAAAUCACAACAAAUUCUAGCCACUAUAAGCCGACGAUAUAGUGCAAUGACGAAAAAUGUUUUUAUCAAUCUUCCUAUGAAAGAUGUUCGAUUAAUGACACGAAUGUAUCGAAUAAUAGCUGAGCUUAUUUCAAGAUUAUCUCGUCAAUCAUAUAUUGUGGGCAAAUCAGAUUGUCUUCUUAUCAUCAUAUUGGAGAACUUGAUCAUUCUACCAUCGAAUAGUCAAUUUAUUCUUCAAAUCAAAUCAUUAUGGCCAUCUUUGUUUCGUGAAUCAUUUCCAAUGAUUUUUGAAGGUCUUAUUGAAUUAGAUCCAAAUGAUCCAUAUCUUAAUCGAAAAAUUCGUCAAUUAAUUUUAAUGUAUUUGCCUGUAAUGAGCCAAUAUCUUAACUAUACUGCAAUCAAAACAUUGAUAUCUAAUCGUAGUAUCAGAGUAUAUGAAAAUUGGCAUGUGCAAAUAGUUUCUUUAUUGAAAUCGAUAUUUCUUGUGCAACGUGAACCAUCGAUUACAAAAGAUUUAUAUGAAUAUUUAAAUCAAUUUUGCCGAUUGGAUGAACUGUCAUAUAAGGAUCUAUUACGGUUAUCAGAAAUCAUAUUUCGUACAAACAUUAGCGAAUUCAAUAUUGGUCAACAAUCCGAUUAUCGUAUUGCGUUGUUUCAGACAAUCAUAUCAUGUUUGAUACAAAGUAUGAAAAAAUCACAUCGCAAUAUUGGAGAUGGUGAAGAUCCGGAAGAAGUUAAAAUUUUCAUUGAACAAGUAAUUAGUCCGUUCAUCAAGGCAAAUGCACAAACACGGCCAGCAAAAUUGUUUGAAGUAAUCAAAUUUCUUCUACCACCAAAAGCAAAUAGUCAAUGUCCUAGAUUAUUUCAUGAAUUUUGUCUAGAAAUUAAUAAUCAAAUGGAUUAUUUCGCAAGAAUAUCAUUGGGUGCUAAUCAAUUGAUUUUACGGUAA